GAGGGAGUAAUAUGAUGCUUCAAUAAAAGAAGAAGGUCCUACCUAACACCGAGAAGCCUUUGAAACUCAACGAACAAGGAACCAGACAACACAAAAGUCUUAUAGAGUUGUAAGAUGCUGACCCAGGAUCCUCCGGCGAUAAAUCCAACUCCACACGCUUCCUCAAUCCUCACAAUCACAAACCAAAACCCAUGGAUCAUCAUCAACAUAGUAUUGUCUCCGAUGAAGUAUCAGUGAACGGCUUCAAAACAUCACUGACUUUAACCACUGACGGUAUUCUCCGGUGGUCUGAUCGGGGCCCACAUCUCCGGCAGUUGUCUGUAGAAAAAGAGGUUGUUGGGUUCUCAACGUCCGGACGUUUGAUCACAGUUAGGGCACUUGUUGGUCAACGGAGUUUGGUGAGGAAGAGAUUUGUGUUUGAGCCCGUGUCGGAUGAUUCGUUGAGGAAUUUGUGUGACAAGAUUCAAGGCUAUAUUCAUUCCUUAGGUCGACCGAAGAAGCUGUUUAUAUUUGUUAAUCCGUUUGGUGGGAAGAAAUCUGCUUCCAAGCUUUUUACCAAUGAGGUGAAACCGAUACUUGAGGAUGCUAAUAUUGAAUUUACAGUACAAGAAACCAAAUAUCAGCUUCACGCAAAAGAAGUUGCUCGUUCACUGGAUCUUUCAAAAUAUGACGGUAUCAUUUGUGUUAGUGGGGAUGGCAUAUUGGUUGAGGUUGUGAAUGGAUUGCUCGAAAGAGAAGACUGGGCAGCUGCACUGAAAACGCCUCUUGGAGUCAUACCCGCAGGUACUGGAAACGGCAUGAUUAAAUCUCUUUUAGAUUCAGCCGGCGAGCCAUGCACCCCGGCUCAUGCUGUUCUUGCUGCAAUUCGAGGGCAUAAACGCUCGUUGGAUGUAGCUACAAUCUGGCAAGGAGAGACUGUAUUUUUUAGUGUCUUGAUGCUUGCAUGGGGACUCAUAUCAGAUAUAGACAUCGAAUCUGAGAAGUACCGAUGGAUGGGAAGCGCCCGAAUAGAAUUCUAUGCUCUUAAACGAAUUUUGCAACUGCGCAAAUAUAACGGCAGUAUACGUUUUGUACCCGCACCUGGAUUUGAAAAUGUAGGAGAGGAAAUCGGUUCUUGUGUCGAUUCUAUGGAACCUCUUAAACCUAGACCGCAUGGAUACCAGGGUCCCAAGGUUGACUUCAAGAGUUUUAACUGGAGACAGCUUAAUGGUCCGUUUGUUUCCGUUUGGCUUCAUAAUGUUCCUUGGGGUGCUGAACACACGAUGGCAGCACCUGAUGCUAAGUUUGAAGAUGGUUAUUUGGACUUGAUUGUGAUGCGGCAAUGUCCAAAGUUAGCGUUGAUAUCCUUGAUGUCUAAGUUGAAUAAUGGAGGUCACGUGAAAUCGCCGUACGUUGUCUACAUUAAGGUGAAAGCGGUGAUCUUGGAGCCUGGCCCGCGAGCAGGCAAGUCAACAAAGGAGGGGAUCAUUGAUUCCGAUGGAGAAGUUUUGGCUAGAGGGAAAGGGACGUACAAGUCGAAUCUGAAGUCGUUGAUGGUAUACGAUAAGCUGCAAGUUGUUGUGGACCAAGGUCUAGCCACUCUCUUCACCCCUCCUGUUUAAAGUGUUGAAUUCUCAAAAUGUAAAUAACAGACAACAAACUCAACUGUUCAGUUUUAACCCAAAAGCAUAUACAAUAAUAAUAAUAAUACAAAGUUACAAAAAAAAGGGUUGGGCCUUUUAAACAUUUUCUUGGGCUUUAAGCCCACCGACAUAAAAGUUGUGCUUAUUUGUAAUGAAAAAUAGUGUGAUGAAAUUUAGUUUUGAUUUA